AUGAAAGCUCCUUUUUGCUGCAUACUUGUUGCUCUUCUGCUAGCAGGAAUGGGAAAUCAUGCUGCUGAUGCUACCACAGCUCAGUGGACUAAACUGUAUGGAACAAUGUCUCAAGUUUAUGCUAAUAGUGUCGUUCUUUGGUCUAUUGAUGCUCAACUCAAAGCUUACUACUGUCUCCGGCCUUGCACUGGUAAUUGGGCCCAUGUUGGUAGUAGCAUGGUUAAUAUUGAAGUUGAUGCAUACUAUACAUGGAGUAUUGGAGCUGAUGGAUACCUUUAUAAAAAAGCAAUGCAAAAUUCUGGAGGAUGGGGCAAACAUACGUAUUGGCCUCAUGAUAUGAUAGAUAUUGCUUCAACGAGAGACUCGUAUAUGUGGUUUUUACAUGAAGAUAAAAGUAUUUCAUGGAUAAAGCAUUAUAACCCAACUGUACACAAGGUUACAGGAAAGUUUGAUCAAAUUGAUGCCAACUCACAGCAUGUAUAUGCUCUCAAUAAAACAACCAAUACCAUUUCUUUUCGUCCAGUACAUGGAAGGGGUCAAUGGCGUACCAUCCCAGGGCAGAUGAAGUAUGUAACAGCUGGUACUCAUGAGAUAUUUGCUAUUGGAGUAGAUGAGGUUUCUUGGAUGCAGCACUACACUAGCACACUACACAAGGUUCCAGGAAAGUUUGAUCAAAUUGAUGCUAACUCACAACAUGUAUAUGCUCUCAAUAAAACAACCAAUGUCAUUUCUUUUCGUCCAGUACAUGGAAGGGGUCAAUGGCGCACUACCCCAGGGCAGAUGAAGUAUGAAACAGCUGGUACUCAUGAGAUAUUUGCUAUUGGAGUAGAUGAUGAGCUGUAUCAUUGCACUAUACCUUGUGCUGGUAUAUGGGAACAAAUGGAAUCUCCAGCAUUGCCAGCAUCUAAUGUGGUUCAGCUUGAUGCUACUAUUGAUGCAUUGUUUGCUGUCACUAGUGCAGGAGGAAUAUACCAUCAUGAACUACCACUUUGA